AUGUUGUUUGAUGGCAGGAAUUUAACUAGAAAUGUUGUUAUUCGGUUUUCUGGCCUUACGGUUUUGAAUAGCCACGUUACUGUACAGAAUUGCUCUUCGUUUGUAGAUAGUUGUCAUUUCAAAGAUGCCAUGACUUUUCCAAACGCAACAGGUGUAGUUCAUUUUGAAUCGUUUGAUGAACAUGACCUUUCCUUGAGGGUUGGGCGGUCCAAGUUUAGCAACAAUGGUUUUCCAUGUAUCUAUAUGCUUGGGAGCAGACCGAAGAUCCAAAUUUUCGAAACUACGUUUAUCAACAAUAUCGCCAACGGUACAAGCGCAUUUUUUAAGGGGAUUUACCUGAGUAUUUUUAUGGUGCUGUUGCCAACUGAACGUUUAAGAUAUCCUGGGACAUUUGUUUCGUUAACCAGCAGUUUAUUCAUGGGAAACAAAGCGCCUUUAGGAGGGUGCCUUCGUUUGGAGGGGAUCAUCUCUGGGGAGACGUCAAACAGUAAAUCCCAACGACAUCGCACCAAGAAGACACACAUUAGAAAUGUGGACAAUAAAUCGCAUUUAUUCUUCUCAAGCGAAACAGGAGGUUUGCUGUCCAUCAGUAAAGUUCCAUUUUCCAGCAAUCUAGGAAGAGCGAUUACCUUGACUACUCUUGACAGCGUUAACACUUUGAUAACAAGCUGUAAUUUCGUGAACAACGGUUCUCCUUAUUACAGUGGUGCUAUUUAUCUUGACGAGGCCGGGCCAUUCUUAAAUAUUGUCGGCAGUGAAUUUAUUGAAAAUAGCGCCCAAAUAUCCUGGGCAGCAAUUUACUUUUCACCGCCUUCUUUUUUCGGCGUGUAUUUAGAUCUUGUGAGAAAAAGUUUGCUUAUGGAAAACGUUAUUACAGGAUAUGAUCCUUCUUCGAGCAAAGGAGGAGCUCUGGGGAUUGGCUGUCUGUAUUGCAACAAUAUGACAAUUCGUUUGGAAGAAGUUUCAUUUAUGUACAAUUCAGCCGCUAAUGGGUCUUCGACUCUGUGGUUGGACGUCUGGAAAUCAAACAUCUCUAUUGUAGAUUCUAACAAGAGAUUUUAUUACGGAUUUGCAAUCGCACACAUUUCCUCAAGUUUCCUCGGUUUAUUUGUUAUUAGAACCCUCAUAUCUGGAAAUUAUGCAGAACGUUGGGCAGAUAAAAACAAAAGACCGUUUCUUUUAUUUAUAAACUCUGGGAGUCAUAUAGAAAUAAAUAUUGAUGGAUUGCAAUACAAGAAUAACAAAGACAGUGGGAUUCGUAUUGAAGUGAGUGAUCUUCAAGGUCUCACAUCACAUACUGUUUCAAUAGCGAACGCACAUUUCAAAAACAACGAUAAAUUUCACGGUAAGAGGGAAUUCGUUGGUACAAAUUAA